AUGUUUGGGAUUCAAGAGAGCAUUCAAAGGAGUGGGAGUAGUAUGAAAGAGGAGCCCAUCGGAGCCGGGAUGAACGCGGUCCGAACAUGGAUGCAGGGGGCUGGGGUGUUGGAUGCGAAUACAGCCGCUCAGAGUGGAGUCGGUCUUGCACGGGCACACUUUGAGAAACAACCCCCUUCGAAUCUUCGGAAAUCCAACUUCUUCCAUUUCGUUUUGGCUCUGUACGACAGACAAGGACAACCAGUGGAAAUUGAGAGAACAUCUUUUGUUGGAUUUGUUGAGAAAGAAAAGGAAUCAACCGGGGAAAAGACAAACAAUGGGAUACAUUACAGAUUGCAGCUUCUCUACAGCAAUGGCAUCAGGACAGAACAGGACUUUUUUGUACGACUGAUCGACUCCAUGACCAAACAGGCUAUUAUUUAUGAAGGUCAAGACAAAAACCCAGAGAUGUGCAGAGUCCUGCUGACACAUGAGAUAAUGUGCAGCCGCUGCUGUGACAAGAAGAGCUGUGGCAACCGUAACGAGACGCCCUCUGACCCAGUCAUCAUAGAUAGGUUUUUCCUAAAAUUCUUCUUGAAAUGUAACCAGAACUGUCUAAAGAAUGCAGGGAACCCACGAGACAUGCGCCGGUUCCAGGUGGUGGUCUCUACGACAGUCAGUGUGGAUGGUCAUGUCUUGGCUGUUUCUGAUAAUAUGUUUGUGCACAACAACUCCAAACACGGCAGGAGAGCUCGCCGACUCGACCCCUCAGAGGGCACUCCGUCCUACCUGGAGCAUGCCACUCCCUGCAUUAAAGCCAUCAGUCCCAGUGAGGGCUGGACAACUGGAGGGGCCACAGUCAUCAUAAUCGGGGAUAACUUUUUCGACGGCUUACAGGUUAUCUUUGGCACGAUGCUGGUGUGGAGUGAGCUCAUAACGCCCCACGCCAUCCGAGUUCAGACUCCUCCGCGACACAUCCCAGGGGUCGUUGAGGUCACUUUAUCCUACAAGUCAAAGCAGUUCUGCAAAGGCACACCUGGCAGGUUUAUUUACACAGCACUGAACGAGCCCACGAUUGAUUACGGUUUCCAGCGGCUACAGAAGGUCAUUCCCAGGCAUCCCGGUGACCCUGAACGUUUACCAAAGGAGGUGAUUCUGAAGAGGGCAGCAGAUCUUGUAGAAGCUCUGUAUGGGAUGCCACAUAAUAACCAGGAGAUCAUUCUGAAGAGAGCAGCGGACAUAGCAGAAGCACUCUACAACGUGCCCCGCGGUCAUAACCAGCUCCCCGGCCUGGCCAACAGCUCCGUCCACGCAGGCAUGAUGGGAGUCAACUCCUUCCACGGCCAACUCGCCGUUAAUGUGUCUGAGUCCACACAGGCAGCCAAUCAGGGUUUCAGCAGGAACACGAGCAGCGUGUCUCCGCACGGCUACGUCCCCAGCUCCACGCCUCAGCAGAGCAGUUACAGCACUGUAACCACCAGCAUGAACGGCUACGCUAACACGGGCAUGUCCACGCUGGGCGGGUCCCCCAACUUCCUCAACGGCUCUGCUGCCAACUCCCCCUACGCCAUCGUUCCGUCCAGUCCCACCAUGGCCUCCUCCACCAGCCUCCCCUCCAACUGCAGCAGCUCCUCGGGUAUCUUCUCCUUCUCUCCAGCCAACAUGGUGUCAGCCGUCAAACAGAAGAGCGCCUUUGCCCCUGUGGUCAGGCCUCAAACUUCACCACCACCCACUUGCACCAGUGCCAACGGCAACGGUCUCCAAGUAGAUCAGUCUUUUGUGGAUUCUAGCAAGUAUUCCACAGCUAGUUCCCUGCAGGGAUUGGCCUUCUCCUGA